AUGGACCCAAAUCAUGAGGGAUCAGCACUAGGCUCAAGCGUUUCCAAUGAAGCAAACGGUAAUUCGUCUCUCUAUGCUUCAUUAUGGCUUCUCAUUCAACAAGGCUUUACCAGGCUUGUCAUAUCAAUGCAAGCCUCAGAUCCAAAAGUUUAUGGAUGGAAGCAAAAAACAAUAUCAGGCCUUUACUACUUGUACAUAUUCUGGGUGACUUUGCUUCUUCCAACUCUAGGUCACUAUAAUUGGGGUGAAUGGGGAGACUGGCUUUUUACGGUGGCCAACUAUCCAAUUACCUUGUCUCUGGACCUUGUGCCUUAUGUUGCCAUUGUUCCGAUUGCAGCAGCUUGUAUUGUGUUGGUGUUGAGCACGUUGGUAAGCUUUGGGCUUGCAAUGCAUGCAAUUUUUAGAUCAAGCAAACAUUUAGAUCGCUUGAAGAAGACAGCAUCUCUUUUGGGCAAUAUUGUUCAUAUUCUUAGCAUGAUUAUUACAUUCAUUUUCUCCAGCUUUAUUGAUUGCAAGUCAACGGAACUUGUUGCGAUUGAAGGUUACGAUGAGAAGGUCAACUUGCUUACCAGAUUUGAUAACGUACCAUGCUCUUCUGAAGGAAACAUUGUACUUAUUGUUUUGGUUAUUAUUUCGCUAUUGGCAUUGCUGAUCAUCAAUUUCCUUAUUGUGAUGAUCAAUCAAGAGUCUGAGCAAACAAUCGGUGGAUUCUUUAUUUCGGACAACGGUUUGACCAUGGCCUUUCUUGCCGUUUUCAACCCAUUUCAGCUUCUGGCCAUGUAUGUCAUUCCUGAGCCCUACAUCUAUGUUCGAUCGAUCAUUCACAUUUUUUUCACAGCAAUCCUAAUGAUCCUUUUAGUUUUUUAUUUACCUUUUUACAGAAGAAUUGAAAAUUCUGCUGUUUUUGCAAUGUUUGGAGCAAGAAUGGGAGCAGCAAUUGGCGCUCUUAUUACAUCCUUGGUGAAUACUAAUCGAUUGUCAGAAUUAGGAAUCGGUUUAUCAGGAAUGACAAUUGGCCUGAUGCUUGUUGGAGCGCUGCUAAGUUUCACUGGUUUGGAAAUUUAUACGAGGGUCAUUUACAACAAGGUUAGAGGUCGUUUCAUGAUUAGUAUAAAGAGAGCAGAAGCCUUGUCCUCAAUUCUAAGAAGAAGCGAAAAUUUGCAGGAAAAUGAAAAGCUUCCUCUGAAGAUGCUUGAAAAAGAGGCGUCAUUGGUAUAUCAAGAAUUUGAAGAAGAUGGUCGCCUGCGUCAUUUGAACAUGUUUAUGAAGUUUUCCAUGAAAUCUACCAACAAGACAGAAGCUGAGCAAAUUACAGAUGUAGAAAUUGCUUUGAGUCUAAUUAAGGGAGCCUCACUACAAAAGAGCUUUAGUGAUGCUCGAUUAUUACUUACGUGCAGCUUAAUCGUUGCCUAUUAUUGGAAGAAUGAAGUGAACAGCCAGGUGUUUGCAACAAGCUUGCUGAAAAAGGCCAUCAAAGCAAAACCAAACUUUAUUUACAAAUUUUUGAUUGCAGAGAGGGAAAAAGAGUUUGAAAUGAUAGACAAUUCUCAUUCAUUUGAGCUCAAGUUCUUUUUAGAGAGAAUGGACAAGAAUCAAACAGAACUUUUUGCCUUACACCGAUCGUUUUGGAAGGAAAUGACUAAUGAUGUUCUCAAUCUUGAUAAGAUCGAACAAACCAACCGAAGAGCUUCAGAACUCAUGUCUGAAUGUGAAAAUACCUUCAACAAUUUAAUGGCCAAACACAGAAACAACAAGACGGUCCUUAGAUAUUAUGCUUCCUAUGUAGAAAAAUUUAAAUUCAACAAGGAUUUGUCACAAGAACUCUAUCAAGAAGCAAUGGCUAUUGAGGACGAAGAGGCCAAAUGGAAGACUCGACCUAAUAAGAAGGGAGGAGGGAAAAAGAACAGAGUUGUUCCCAACUUCUCCAUGAAUUUCGAAGAAGCUCCACCUCCACCUUCAACAAAAUUCGCAGAUUCCAACCUCAAAAGUUUUUCAUUUGGGGCCCAUAGAAAGAGCGCUGUUGGUGGCUCAACCGAUUUCAAUGAUAACUUUGACGACUUAGAAAAUGAUAACUUUGAGAGGCAAUCUGAGAUGGAUCUUGGAUCUCAAAGAUUGGAUGGUGUUGAAAACAAUCCUCAGCUUAAGAGAGAGAACGUUUUGAGAUCAUCAUUGGCCACACCCCAGCAACAUUCCUUCCAACUUAUUACCUUCUUUGCUUUUACAAUUAUUUCAUUUCUUAUUGUUGCUGCCGGUAUAGUUUGGAAUUCUAUCAUUUCAAAACUUGUUCUGACAGAUAUUCAAGCAGUUCAGAGUGCAUGCAAACCAAGAAUGAUUCCUUUAUAUGCCUUGAAAGACUUGCGAAUACUUCAAACCUUUGACUACCUCUAUGGAUCAAAUAAGAACGUAGCAGAACGAGAUAACUUUCUUAACCAAACUGGUUACAAAUCUUUUAAAGAAUUUGUAGCAACUCAUCAAAAUCGUUUAGGAGAUGCCAUCUCGUUUAUUAAUAAGGUCAGAGUAAUGGGUCAGGCAGGACUGUUCACAGCAGAAAUGUAUAGUGAUUACACGAGCGAAACAAGGGAGGUUGUUGUUCCGUUUGUAAGCGUUCCCAAUACAAAUGGAAUGUAUAACGAAUCUUAUUAUGCCUCAGUUUCUAUUUCUGAGAUUGUCUAUUCCAUGAUGAAGCACAUGACAUACUUUCAAAACCUUGAUAUCUCACAAUAUUCUCAGACAUUAUCGUCAUACCCUUUCAUGUACCUUUGGUUGAAUCAAGAUAGCCUUGAAAAGGCGUUUGAUAAUUUCUGUUUGAGUUUUAUUCAGAGAACUCAAGACAAGUCCGAGUUGUUAUCGAAUAGCUUUUUCUUAUUCUUUGUCAUUUCCAAUUCUAUUUAUGCAUUUCUUUCCAUCAUUUAUAUCAUUUAUAUUUCAGUCAACUUCUCAAACUUGAAAACCUAUGUAAGACUCCUAGAAAAGAAUGUUCCUAAGGACGUUGUGGGUAAAAUUUAUCACAAUCUCGGAAAGCAAGCAGAGGAUGAAACUUCGAUUCACUUACCAAAGAGCAUUUUGAAACCUUAUAUGAGUGCAUCGAUUUUAGGGAUUGUAGUGAUUUGUAUUACUGUACUUUGUUGUGGAAUGUUUUACAUGGAAUCAUCUUAUAACGCUAGCUCUACAUUUAGAACCAUGCAGAAUAUUCGGGAUGGAACUUCCGCACUCUCUGCAGUUCAAAGAAUUGGAUUUAAUGUUGGAGAAAUCUACACCUAUCUCAUGUUGAACCAAUCAUCCAUUAACGACCCAAGAUUGUCCACAAGAAAAAAGAUUUCUGAUCUCAACACUAAUUUAUCAUCUCUAAAAUCAACUCUAGUUGUUAGUUGGAAUAGCUUAGUGUAUGGAAAAAUUUCGGAUAAUAAGAAGUCCAGUGUUGGUAUUUCCCCAAAAAUUGACAGCUAUAUUCAGGAUGCCGCAAAUUGUACAAGUGUUACUACAGGCAACAACAACAUAACCACAUGUCUGGGUCUCGAACACUUACUUGAGAUUUACUCUCAAGAGUCCUCUCAAAAUUCUGCUGAUAUCUUUUCUGCAAAGGCGGAUGUACAUAGACUGUUUUUGGAACAUGUUAGUACAUACAUUUUAGGUCAUGGUAUCACUCAAAAGUUAUUGCUGUUCCUCGAUUCCAUGGUAGCUGUUUUUUCUGUGUCUUCGGUGGCCUAUGUUAUUUCCUUCUCCAUCGUUGGCUGCUUGUUACUUUUGGCUUGUUGUUUUGGUUUAUAUAGCAUAUUUAACGCCCAUUGGAACAAUAUUUUCCAUGUAAGAAUGAUGUUCAACUACAUUCCGUUGGACCUCAUGGACUCAGAAGAGUCUAUGCGAAACUUUAUCAUGUAUCACACCGUUCCUUCAAGAAUAUUUACAACAAAGAGAGAAUCAAAAGAAAAUGCAAAGAACGAUGAUUCCAAAGUGAGGAACAUUUUGAAUGCUGCUGUUGAUGGAGCCGUACUUUGUAGUCAUCGUGGCGACAUUGAGAUAUUUAACCCAGCUGCGCAAAGAAUGUUUGGUUGUAAACAAAGUGAUUUUGUCGGACUACCAUUGUUCCAUCUCUUUGAUGCAAGCAAUCGCGAAAAGUUAAAUAAGGUGAUUGAGGACAUUAUUAAGGCAACCAAGGAUACUUCAACGGACGCACAAGGUGAGACCAUAGAGGUUGAGUGUAUUCGAAAGAACAAUACCAAAUUCCCUGCCAAGGUUAACCUAUUCUCAACGCUGUUCGACAACAAACCUGUGGUUACCUGUUUCAUUAAGGACAUUACUUCCGAAAAGAAGCAAAAUGCCUUACUAGCAGAAGAAAAGAAGAAGUCUGAAAAUCUAUUGCGUUCCAUAUUACCUGAAGCCGUCGCCAACAGACUCAAAGCAGGUGAGACAUUUAUUGCUGAAAAGUUCAAUGAUAUCACAUGCUUUUUCAGUGACAUGGUGGGCUUCACCUCCAUUAGCAGUGGAUUGAAUCCGACCGAGUUGGUUAUGAUGUUGAACACUGUUGUGAAUGGAUUUGACUCCUUGACCGACAAGUAUCAACUAGAGAAGAUCAAGACCAUUGGAGACGCCUAUUUUUGCGUUGGAGGAAUUGGUAAUACUCAAUCAGAUCAUCCAGAAAGAACCUUAAAAUUUGCCAUCGAUAUUUUCCAUGUGCUAAGAGCUUACAAUUUAGAAAAUAGGAAAGAGUUUGGUCAUCAAAUUAAUGUCAGAGUUGGAAUUAAUACUGGUGGAGUUGUAGCAGGAGUUAUUGGUACCAAGAAGUUUGCAUAUGACCUUUGGGGAGAUACAAUCAAUAUGGCUUCACGAAUGGAAUCCACUUCCUUGGCUGGAAGAAUUCAAAUAUCGAGAUCCACGUAUGAAAGAGUUUACGAUCUUGGGUUCGAAUUCGAAGAGCGAAGUGUAGAGGUGAAAGGAAAAGGAAAUUGCAACACGUACUUGCUUAAAGCUCACCAUCAUGUGAGCGCCUUGGUGACUGAAGAAGAGGUGGCAGCAGUGAGUAGGGGUGCUUCAAGUCAAAAUGCUCCAUCAUCAAACAAUGAAUAUCAAGAUUCUAUUGCUUCAAAGGACAGCGAACAAUUAGAGUAUCAGCUUCUUCAAAAGAGAGAUUCUGAAUAA